AGGGAGAUGUGGCAAAGCCUGGUUCUCCUUUAGUGCGACGUUCAAAAGCUCCACUUCAGUAUUUCGUGGGACAACGUUUUCAGCAGGCAGGCUGUGACAGAGUCGUUGGUGCUGUUCAAACCAUAAGGAAAAUCACCUGCUGCAUUUCUGUUUGAGUCACCCAAGUCUUGACUGGUUAUUUGUUUCCCAGAGCUGGUGGAGAAACAAGUGGUGUUGGUGGUGGUGAGGCAGAGCGAGGUGGUGUCUCUCAGGGGCUCUGUGCCUGCUGUGAGCACAGGUCUGGCCUCCAGCACUUUGCAGGGUGACAGCAGCGCUCGGGGGCUGCUCCCCUGUGAGGGGCCCUGGCUGCCCCUCCCUGUGAGUUUGGUACAAGUUGGGAUAAUGUUUUUAGCUCGAGUGUUUCAUUGUGCAGCUUAGGAAUAUAAGUAGGAAGGGAAAAUUUUACCCUCUACCCUAAUUCUGUCUAUUUAGACAGUUGUUCUUGUGCUGUGUCAAGAUGAGUUCCUGUGAGGAAAGGCUGAGAGAGCUGGGGGUGUUCAGCUGGAGGAGAGAAGGCUCCAGGCAAACCUUAGAGCCCCUUCCAGUGCCUGAACGGGCUCCAAGAGAGCUGGAGAAGGACUUUGGACAAGGGAUGGAGGGACAGGACACAGGGAAUAACUUCCCACUGCCAGGGGGCAGAGUUAGAUGGGAUAUUGGGAAGGAAUUGUUCCCUGUGAGGGUGGGGAGGCCCUGGCACAGGUUGCCCAGGGAAGCUGUGGCUGCCCCAUCCCUGGAAGUGUCCAAGGCCAGGUUGGACGGGGCUUGGAGCAACCUGGGCUAGUGGAAGGUGUCCCUGCCCAUGGCAGGGAGUGGGACUGGAUAAGCUUUAAGGUCCCUUCCAACCCAAACCCUGUGGGAUUCUGUGAUGCUACAGAGCUUUUCAGUAACCUCACCCAGACUCAUGUUUAGUAAAGAGCUGUUGAAGGUCACUGUUAUUGUGGGCACAUGCUGGGUGUGUCCGGGGUUGGUUCCUUGGUUCUUCAUCCAGGGCAGUUGUUUGUGGCACAGCCUGUUAUCUUGUGACUGAGCAGUUCUAACCACGUGCACAGAAGUGGAAGAGAACUCAAAUGUUUCAGCUUUAUCGUGGUACUGAAUGUAGUUUGAGUUUGAGUGCCUUUACCUCUUAAUUCCUUUAAUAACAGGUGUCUUCAGCAGUGGUGUUUUUUUCCCACAUCCCUGGGAGUGUUCCAGGCUGGGUUAGAUUGGGCUUGGAGUAACCUGGUCUAGUGGAAGGUGUCCCAUGGCAGGGGCUGGAACUGGAUAGUCUUUAACCUUCCAACCCAAACCAUCCUGUGAUUCUGUAGUGGUGUGUACAAAGCUUUGCCUUUUCUGCUGAGGCUUUCUGGGAUGUGAAGAUGUUCUGCAGAUCCUAUGGGUGAUGUGCCCAUGGGGCAGAGAUCCAGAGAGCCUCACAUCAUUCCUAGUGUGUCCAAGACUCCUGGAAAGCAAGGCUGCCUUUCUCAGGGUGAGCUGUGCGGGGCUGACACUCUGCUUUUUAGCUUUAAAUCCGUGUGAAGUUGAACUGUUGUGUUUGAUGUGCAGCGGCUGCACAUCUUUCUCUGCGGGAGCUGCUGCUCCUCUGUGCUGGAUGCUCAGAGGUCAGCAAUUAAAGCAGACCGAGGGCUUUCUGAAGGUGAAGUUUUGGAGCACUGCCUGAGAAAUGUGCUGAUCUCACCCGGCUUCUGCAGCUCUGAGAGGAGCAGCUUCAAGCAGGAUUUCUGCUUGGGGAAUUUCCAGGCUUAUUUCUUUUCAGACCCUUUGUCUCUGGCUAUGAGAGGCAGAGGAAGGUUCCUAUGCACACUGUGACACUUUGUGCCUCUGCCUGAAUUGCUUGGGCCCCACUGGCUCUUAUUUAGACCAUCUGGGCAAUAGCACAAGGGAUACAGCUUGGAAAAGUGCUGGAGCGUGUGAAGGUGGAUGCUUGUACAGGAAACACUGAGUGACCUAAAGCCUUGUGGGGAGUUUACUGCUGCCUUUAGAAUGUACUUGAUAUUAACUGGGAGCAGUCACUUGAAUUUGCCUCCCUGCAGAGGGGAAACCUGAACUCCUGUGUUUAGCAGUUGAGCCUUCUCAAGUAUUUUCUCCCAAAAUACCAGUGUGGCACUAAUCUCUGGAUGCAGAGCUGGACACACACAGCCAGAUGCAGGGCAUUCAGCUGAAGGGCUGCAAGCCUGGGACUCUCAUCCCAAAUGUGCAGUGUCAUGGCACAUGUGAUGCAUUCCCUGAACACAGAGGGAAGCAUCCAGUUGCAGAUCCCGUCUUUGCUAAGGAUCUGUCUGGUGCCCUGUGAAAUGUGAGGCUGCAGAGGCUGUGACAUUUGAGAAGGCAAGGGAAUGUUCCUGAGAAGGAGAAAGAGGGAUGGUGGGUGACUUGAUGGUUUCAGUCAUUUCCUUAAAACUAUUUGAGGCUCCUAACAGGUGGAUACUGAGAAAGCUUGAGAACUGACAGACCACAAAAUAUUCCUUGGAGCUUUAAGGCCUUCCUGAGAACUUCAGGUCUUAUGUUAAGAUCGUAUCUCUUAUCUUUAUCAAUCUGGAAAUCAGUAAAUUUUGGGUAGUAGAUAGGAAAGAAAUCCUUAAUUUCCCUGUUAAAGUUUGUUAGAGGAGACUGCAGUAGUUUGCUGGGACAUCUCUGUACAAACAGAAUUGCUUUGCUUGACUUGCUGAGGAGUCACAUUGUGGGAUGGAAAUGGGAAUGUGUGGCCUGUGCUAUCCUAAAUGUGCCUGAAAUAGUCUUAAGGACUAAUUCACACAGGGAAUGUGCUCCAUAUCUUUUGGGCUUAAGGCAGAGUCUGAUGCAAAGUUUGAUUUACAAGCCUGUUACAAUCUCUAUUGCCAAAGUUCCUGCUUAAAGCGUAGCUGGUCUUAGUGAGGGUGUCUGGUUGUUGCUACUCCAGUGUUUUCUUGGACAAUUGGAAUUCCAGGUCAGAGAGCCUAGGGGCAGAAGGUUGAUGAGAUACCUACAGGAGGCCAAAGUGUCUUGUGUAGUAGCAGGUGACUCCUGGGAAGUCAGAGGCGAGGUGUGUGCCAUGGAGGGGAGUGGCUUUCCCUUGUCCUGCUUUAAACUCAACUCACAUUACUGCAGGUUUUAUUGCAUAUUUGCUGUGAGAGGGAUUUUUCAGUCGCUGCUUUAGUAGUUACAGAACAGUCUGGCUUAGCUGUGCUUUAAAUUUUAGGUGUGGUUUGUUAAAGAAUUGACUCCUGCAAAAUCAGUUGGUUCAUUUCCAGGGUUCCCAGGCUACUUUAAAGUGCCUGGUUUUUCCUCCCUGUUGCCUGUGCCUUGUGCAUGACAGCUUAAGCUGCCCAGAUCCAAGGGCAGGCUGAGCUGCUGGGUUGUUCUGUCACGGUCCUGGAAGAGGAUGGAUAUUUAGGCACUGAUGGAUACCGUGCUCUGAAGGGAGCCAGCAAAAGGGACAAGGUUUGCCUGUCACCAGUGUACGGGUAUGUCUGCACAGCUCUGCGUACUUCACACUGUGGGUGACACCUGUAAAGGCUUCUGCUGGGUUUGUUGCCUCUUGAGGAGGGACUGAGCAAGGUUCCGUUCCCAUCUUAAGGUGAUCUGUGUUUUGUGUGUCCUUCCUUCCAAAUUUAUGUUCUCUGGAAGAGGAUUUUAACCACUUUGCUUGCCGGAAAAGAGAACCUCGACAUCAUUGCUGAUGACACGCAGGAUGGUGCCUGUUCCAGAAAAUGGUGUAGCUGCCAGCUGAAGUUUUAAAUGUUUUCUGCCCCAGGCAGAACCUGGAGCUGGCCUAGGCUGGAAAUGCCUCUGCUUUUGUGCCUGUGGAGCAGCCAGGAGCGAGUCAGGGCUGGGCCACCCCUGUGCCUCCCAGAGCUGGUGGAUGCAGUGCAGCCCAGAGGCUCUGGGGGUGUGAGUUAUGGGGCCACAGCAGCUCCGGUUCUGUAGCUUUGCCUGGUUUUUAAAACACAAGGAAAAGCUAUUAAAGGUCUGUCAUUUCUCCUUUCUCUUUCUAGCUACUCUUACUUACGACACCCUCAGGUUCGAGUAUGAAGACUUUCCUGAGACCAAAGAACCCGUCUGGAUCCUCGGCCGGAAAUACAGUGUUUUUACAGAGAAGGAAGAGAUCCUGUUGGAUGUGACCUCUCGGCUUUGGUUCACCUACAGAAAGAACUUCCCUGCUAUUGGAGGCACCGGUCCCACAUCGGACACCGGCUGGGGCUGCAUGCUGCGCUGUGGCCAGAUGAUCUUUGCUCAGGCCUUGGUCUGCAGGCAUCUGGGAAGAGACUGGAGGUGGAUAAAAGGGAAGAGGCAGACGGAUAAUUACUUCAACGUCCUUAAUGCCUUCAUUGACAAAAAAGACAGCUACUACUCCAUUCACCAGAUAGCCCAGAUGGGAGUUGGAGAGGGAAAAUCCAUAGGCCAGUGGUACGGACCAAACACAGUCGCACAGGUGCUCAAAAAACUUGCAACUUUUGAUACGUGGAGUUCCCUGGCAGUACAUAUAGCCAUGGACAACACAGUAGUGAUGGAAGAAAUCCGGCGGCUGUGCCAGUCCAACUUGCCGUGUGCUGGAGCUGCAGCAUGUCCUGCCCUGGAGUCAGACGUGCUCUAUAACGGGUACCCAGAGGAACCAGGGCUUAGAGACAGGCUUGUGCUGUGGAAACCACUGGUGCUGCUGAUACCUCUCCGCCUCGGGCUCACAGAGAUCAAUGAAGCCUAUAUUGAAACACUAAAGCACUGCUUCAUGAUGCCCCAGUCCCUGGGAGUGAUCGGAGGGAAGCCAAACAGUGCUCACUACUUCAUUGGCUAUGUAGGUGAGGAGCUCAUUUACCUGGAUCCCCACACCACGCAGCCAGCGGUGGAGCCCGGUGACGGCAGCUGCCUCCCCGACGAGAGCUUCCACUGCCAGCACCCUCCGUGCAGGAUGAGCAUCGCCGAGCUCGACCCCUCCAUCGCCGUGGGCUUUUUCUGCAAUACAGAGGCAGACUUUAAUGACUGGUGCCAGCAAAUCAAAAAGCUGGCCCUGGUCAGAGGAGCGCUGCCCAUGUUCGAGCUGGUGGAACGCCAGCCCUCACACUUCUCCAACCCCGACGUCCUGAAUCUCACACCAGACUCCUCCGAUGCCGACAGAUUGGAAAGGUUCUUUGACUCGGAAGAUGAAGACUUUGAAAUCCUGUCCCUUUGAAAACAAAUAGGAAACUGACUCUGCAAAUUUGUGUAUGUGUGGGGAGAAGGGGGGAGGGAAGCUCCUUCGAGAGCCUGGGGCUACCGGUUUUCAUAGGCGCUUGCUGCCAUCCCCGCCUCUUGUCCAUCCCGGCAUUCCGUGCAGCCUCGGAGCGGAGCGCGCAGUGUCUGCGGUGGGAUGAAGAACCAAGUGGGUGUUACAGCCUUACUGGCUGCAGUCAGAAUUUCUCAACAGCAAACAGUUGCUGGAAGUGGAUGCAGUGGUGCUUAGGAGUUCAAAGCCUAUCUGUUACAUCAGCAGGUCAGCUGGGCCUUCCGGGGGAGGCACGGGAAUCAUUAGAGCACCGGAUCCUUCUGUGGGGACUCCCUGCUGAAGCUUAAGUAGAGCCCACCCAUCACUUUGCAGGAGAAAUGUCCAGUUAAUGCCUUUAGCAGCUUCUGUUCUCACUGGCCAACCUGGACUGCAGCUCAGAAUGCCAAGGAACAGCAGCCACGUCCCACAGACAGCGGUGAAGCCUCCGGAGUGCAGAUCCCUACGGUACAACUCCUGUUCAUGCUCUGCAGUACACAGCGCUUCCUGUCCUGCUCACACCCUAAGGAAAGGGCAUUGAGGGAACUUCCAGUGACUGGGAAUUCAGUGAGCGAACGGCUGCCUGGGGAAGCAUGGAACAGAGCUGUGCUGCUGGGCAGGAGCUUCUCAAUCCCAGUCUAAGUAAAGCAGAAAGAAUGGAAGAACAGAAAAUGUGCGUGUUGCUCAGUGAGACAGUCCAUAUGCUUCUACAAUGAAAUAAUCUCUGCAGCAAGUACCUUCAGGAAACCUGCUUUGAGCAGAGAACUGGAUUCCAUAAGCUUGGAAAAGAAAAAAAAGAAGAGUCCCAGCUGGGAGAGGUGAAACAGGACAGCAGAGAUCUGCCAGGCUCCUGCCUGUGCCCCAGUGUGCUGGCACAGCAUCUGUGGAGUUAAUCUUGUCAAACCAAAAAUGUGAGGCGUGAAACUCCUCAAGAUGCCCUCGGUGCACUGAUCAGCAGUUCCUCCGGCUACUCAUGUCAGACAUUCCGUUUCCAAAGCAGAAGAGGCGCCUGAAGGUCAAGUAGGAUUCCAAGCUGUUGGUACCUUGACUCUGCUUGUCCCUCUCCCUGCGGAGUGUGCACAGAGUACUGCAGGAGCCAGCCUGGAGAAACCCCUGUCAGGUAAUCAUCCCAAAAGGGCAGAAUGCCUUGAGAAGGUCCAAUUAUACUGGCAGUUUUAGCUGCUUUAAGGUGGUAGCUCUGCCUGGGGCUCUUCUCCACACAGAGAAAGCUGGAGCAGAGCUGUCUCCUUGCAAACUGCAAGGGAAGUUGCUGCCAUCGUUCCUUGGUGCACGCUGCACUCUGCAACCCCAUUCACAAGCCUCUGGUUUGUGCAUUCGGGUUUGGAACCUGUCAGAUGACGGUGUUGUGCCCAAGGGUAGUACCACCUGGAUAGAAAUGACCCGUUUCCCCUGUGACUGACCUACUGAUGCUCUGUCCCUGUGCUAUCCGAAAGCAGAGGUUUGAACUGGGAACCACAAUGCUUCUGUCACUAAAUUAUUAUUUGCUGCUUUCUGCCUGCUUCUCCUCUUCUCUCAUGUAGUCAGGGGAAGAGGCAGCAGAGGAAGUGGGGCUGUGCUCCAUUCAUCUGCUUUCAAUUUCUAUCUGAAUAAACAGAUCUAAAAUCUU